AUGCGGAUUUUGGUGAGGCCAAAGCUGAGGGGAGACCCAGCUGGGGCUUCUGGCAGGAGGAGGGGCUGUCCAGAUUCCCGUUCUUACCGCUCAUACCUGGGCACUGACACAGGAGCGCCAGCACAGGUGUCGGAGAUGAGCCCCUCGACGCCCAUCGUCGGGACCCUGUCCUGUAUCUUGAUACUGCCGACAUCUGGAUCUUUUUCACGUGACAUUGUGUGCUACGCAUGUAAAUCUUGUGUCUCAGCGUCCGGUCAGUCUGUGACCGCAGUGAGCAUCGACGCUGCCCGAGCCCACAGCUUCCUCGCCCACUCACGGCCCCGACGCGCAGGAGACCCCAAAUGGUACCACAAAGACCCCAACUUCCAGUCCUACUACCGUUACUACAGCAGCAUCGGACACACGGAGGGGCUGUACGAGGUUGACAAGAUCAGGAUGCUUUACCAGCAAAUGCGCCACCUAGAGAACACCUACGGCCCGGAAGCCUCCAAAUACCAGAACACUCUUGGCCUUCGGCUUCCCAAAAGCACUCCUCCGCCUCCGACCACCAAGCCCCCCCCACCCCCCACCAUUCCUCCUCCAGCUCCUGCCCUGCUGCCUCACUCUCAGGUUGACGUUACCUACCUGUGCAACCCCAAAGACCCCCUCUGCAAGCCGCAAAUAGUGUACCUGCCCACUGGGGCGGUCCCUGUUCUCUGUGAUCCACGCUACCACCCAGCAUGUAAGUUAACUGCGGCUAAAGAGGCCCCUUCUGCCCCAGUCAAGCCGGACACCCCCGUCCCCCCGCCGGCUAAAAAACCCAUUGCCCACCAGCCUCCACCUCCAAUAAUCGUCAAAGGGAUGGAGUAUGACUGUGAUCCCUAUUGGGAUCCGGAUUGCCUGAUUGACAACCCGCCCCGACCUGUGAAAGUUAGAAGCCCUGUGUUAGCGCAGCCCACAAAAGCCCCUGUCGUUCAAAAGGUGGAGAAGGAGCACGAAGAAGACGGUGACAGUCCAGCACCAGAAGACAAGAGCACCCUCUUCCACGACCCCUACGACUAUCGCAGAGAUCUUUACGACCCAUACCUUUACGCUAAUCCAGCCGAUGAUCCUCAGUAGCACUCUAGCAUUG